CAGAAUAUUAGAAAUGAAAUAAGAUUCAAUACAAAAAAAAAGGAAAUAUGCGAGAUGUGUGAAUCUUAUAAUUUUUCUACCCGGGAAACCAUAAAAAUGCUUUAGCAUGAUACGUAUUAUUUACGCUUCUUUUAGGGUUUCCUAGAGGCAUUUAUUCCACUAUUACAAACAAUAUAUGUAUAUUUUACACUCUGUGCAAUAUGUAAAAUAAAAUAACGUUAAAAUGAACCUAAAAUGAAAUUAAUAAAAUUGUAUUUCUUAAUACGUUUAUUUAGUGUUUAUGAUUAUGUGAUAUCGUUUUCGUUUACAAUGGAAGAAGAUUUGGACAACGGUGGUAAUAACGACAGCCAGGGUUCAAAUAAUUCAUAUACAAUUAACGAAUUAUUAAAUAUUACAUCGAAGAAUGUAACUUCGGUUGAAAACUGCGAUCAACGGAGUGACUUUGAUUACACAGAGUCUGUGCAAAGUUACAAUUCGAAAGAUGACGAAACUGAUUGUAAUUCUAGCGGCGGCAGUUCAAAGAGAAAACAGCGCCGAUACAGAACAACUUUCUCCAACUAUCAACUUGAAGAAUUGGAAAGAGCAUUCCACAAAACACAUUACCCUGACGUAUUUUUUCGCGAAGAGCUGGCGAUGAGAAUAGACCUGACCGAAGCCAGGGUACAAGUCUGGUUUCAAAACAGAAGGGCAAAAUGGAGAAAACAAGAAAAACAUUUCAAUAAAAAUGUCCACAUGGACCCUAAUACCAUGAAUAUUCCUAUUAGUGUCCCAUCCAGUUCAACAUCACUAGAAAACCCAGUCUUGAACUAUAGCACAUCAUCCGACCAAAUGUCCAAUCCAUCAAAUGUAUUUUUGGGCUUGGAUUGGUCGUCAAUAUUACCACCAUUAUCUUUCAACCACGUCGCAACCGUAGGGGUGGACAGUCACCCUAGUCUUCCUCAAGUUAACGCGGCCCCCAUCAACGACCACAUGCAAGACACCCACGUCAACAUGGACGAUAGAAUCAUCGACAACCCUUUGCAAAAUAGCAUGAUUAACGAAAACAUGCUGUUAAACGAAGGGCUGAACGAUAGGAUCGACAACAAUUUGACCUUAUUGAACGAUCCCCAAAACGAAAUCGCCAUUGAUCCUGACCUAUUGACUUUAAAGCCCAAUAGGUCAAUGAACAGUGGAAACAACUAAUAAUUGUUAUUAUUAUAGUCGUAAUAAUUAGCAAUAUAUAUUCUGUGCAAUACUUCUAGUCAAUAAGACUGCAUAAUACACGUAGUAACAAUUAUUUAUUAUUA